AUGGAUCUCUCGAAUCCAAACCCGGAGCUCUUUGAGGUGGAGGGAGAAAGGGAAGGAGAAGGCAUAUACUCUGGAGCAAUAAACCCAUUUGAUGAGUACUGCGUUACAAGGAUAAAAUAUGGUGAUGAGAUUCUCUGGGUAUCCAGAGACGAUUGGGAGUGUACACAUGCAGAGAUAUACACGACAAAGGACAAGGUUCUCAUCAUGGCACAGUUUCAAAGGGGUGGAGAGAUAGAGUGUGAAGCCGUAAUAAGACGGCAAGAAGACGGAAGUUGGGAAGAGGUAGACAUAGCUGAGUCCAGUAGACUCAUCCUGGAGAUAAUGGUAGAAACGGAGAUGCUACGUACUAUGGUGAGAAGAAAACAUCGCGGGAUGUUGUAUGAUCCAUUAAACUACUUUACAGACUUUGGGCAAACAUCUGAUCUGGAAAGGAUUGACCCUAAGGAACUAAAGAGACCGUAUAGACUGGAAGAAAUGGAAAAAAUAAGAGCAGAGAAGGUAAACAUGCUUGGCACAUUUAAAAUCGUAAAAAGAGAUCUAUUGGAAUUUAUACGACAAAUGGGAGUAAUGACCUUUAUGCUAACUGUUGAUGGAAUAUCGCAAUUGGGAAGUAUUGUGCUAUAUGGAUAUAAUACGGUUGUUGAUUCAGUCGCUGCGAUUACCAGGAUAAUCAGAAGACCAUGA